AUGGCGCGUACGAAGCAGACGGCGCGUAAGUCGACGGGCGGGAAGGCGCCCCGCAAGCAGCUGGCCACCAAAGCGGCCCGCAAGAGCGCGCCGGCCACGGGCGGCGUGAAGAAGCCGCACCGGUACCGCCCCGGCACGGUGGCGCUGCGCGAGAUCCGGCGCUACCAGAAGUCGACGGAGCUGCUGAUCCGCAAGCUGCCC